UCGUGGCUCCUCCUCUCCCAGCCCAGGCUCUCUCUCUCUCACGGUCUCACCCGUUCUUCGUCCAUCCCCUCGGCCUCCUCCCGCAAUACUCUUGCGCCCCCAUCUUUGAACCUUCCUCCUCCUCCGCGCUGACCUACCGGCAACCAGCCCCCCCUCCCUCCUAUAUAGCCACAAUCCAUUCCGACCGAGCCCCUCAGAGCCCGCCCGCCGCAGCAGCAUACGGGGCUGCAGCUUCCCGCGACGCCGACCCGGACGGACGGAGCCAGCCAGCCCCACGCAGCGCGCGCGCGCGAGCGAGGGGGGUUCGGGGGGGAAUUCCUGGGAUCGAUCGAUGGCGAAGCUGUACGUGCAGGCGGUGCCGCCGCCGGAUCUGAACAAGAACACGGAGUGGUUCAUGUACCCGGGGGUCUGGACCACCUACAUCUUCAUCCUCUUCGUCUCCUGGCUCCUCGUCCUCUCCGUCUUCGGGUGCACGCCCGGCAUGGCCUGGACGCUCGUCAACCUCGGCCACUUCGCGAUUACAUACCACUUUUUUCACUGGAAGAAGGGAACUCCAUUUGCUGAUGACCAAGGGAUGUAUAACAGAUUGACUUGGUGGGAGCAAAUGGACAACGGCAAGCAACUUACUCGCAACCGAAAAUUUCUGGCUGUGGUUCCUGUGGUCCUGUACUUGAUAGCUUCCCACACUACGGACUAUCAACAUCCAAUGCUCUUUUUCAACACAAUUGCAGUCACUGUACUGGUUGUCGCCAAACUACCGAACAUGCACAAGGUCCGGAUUUUUGGAAUCAAUGCCGGUAACUAAGCGGCAGCAUUCCAGGGUAGAGAGCAACCAAUAUCAUGUUUCAUUUGAAUGGCUGGAUGUGUUGCACCUAGUUCUGGACUCACUCAUCGGAGUACCAGCGUGUAGUGUUUGAGAGCUUUUAGUAGAUGACAUGUGAUCAUUGUACAGAGAAACGCUUAAAGGCCUGGAAAUGAUGCUGUUUUGGAACUUACGAACACAACUACUGUAGACUCUUGAUGCUGCUAUAUGUUCUGUUGCAAGUAUUUGUCAAUCGAUACGUGUACAGUUUAUUUC